AAUUAUAACUGUGAUGAAAGAAGAAAUAAAAAGAUUCGACAAAUCUGUCGCCAAUCUGUCAUCAUUUAUGAAUACAGAUCUGUUGCAUAUUUGGCGCAAAUCUGCUGUGAGUUUACGUUGCAACAUCUGUUCUCAAUUUGCUGCGUGAAUUUGUCAUUGUAUUGCUAGUGACAGAUCUGCUCUGGUGUUGCACUCAAUUUGAUGUCAAGAUUUGAUAACAAUUUUUGCUUGCAAUUGGGGCGCACUCGAGGACACAGUAGGCCAUAGUUUUGGCAGCCUGAUUCCGCAAGAAAUUUUUAGCAGUUUGCUGACAAUUUGGCAGCAAAUGGUUAGCUGGGAUGUAAGUCACAUCACGGAUAGACAUUAUAGGAGAUUGAUAGAAGCUGAAAAUAAAAAAUGUUACAGUCAAAUAUUUUCCUCUUUAGCUGGUACUUCAAGAGAUUAUAAUCAUUUUACUGAAGCAGUUGAACCAUUAUCUAAUGAAUCAUUAACAAGCAGCGAUACGAAGAGAGAAAGUGAAAUUUUUGCAAGUGAUACACCAGCCACAUACUCUGUUGAAAGUUCAAUUACUUACUGUAAUGAAGAUAUAAAUUCAAAUAUAGAAUCUGUUCAAUCGGAAAAUUCUUUGUCCGAUACUGUAAAAUUAAAAUUGUUUUUAAGAAAAUAGGCUAUACGAAAUCAAAUCACAAACUCUGCAUUAUCACAAUUAUUAUGUGGAUUAAAAAAGUUUCAAUGUUUUGAUACAUUAUGCUGUGAUGCAAGAACAUUGCUUCAAACACCUUUGCAAUAUGAAAUAAAAACUGUUGUACCAGGAAUAUAUAUGCACUUUGGAUUACGUAAUGGUAUAAAAAAGAAUUUAGAAGAAUGUACCUUAUCAUCAACUUGUAUUGAAGUAGCUGUUAAUAUAGAUGGACUUCCACUUAGUAAAUCUUCAAAUAGUUCAUUUUGGCCAAUUUUAGGAUCUAUUGUACCUCAUGGAAAGGUUUUUAUUAUUGGAGUUUAUCAUGGUGAUGAAAAACCAAAAAAUGUUAACGAUUUUUUACAAGAUUUUGUUGCAGAAAGUAUAGAAUUAUAUGAAAGUGGAAUUUCUAUCAAUAAUUUUCUAUAUCAGUUUAAAAUUAAAUAUUUUGUAUGUGAUGCCCCUACAAAAUCUUAUAUUCUUCAAUGUAGAGGACAUACUGGGUAUUUUAGUUGCACGAAAUGUACAGUUGAAGGUACUUACAGCCAAAGGAGAAUUUGUUUCCCGGAAAUAAAUGCAUCUAAACGUACAGACAAAGAUUUUAGAAUGCAUACUGACGAUUCUUACCAUUUAUCACAUACUUUACUUGAAAAAAUUCCUGAUCUUAAUUUUGUACGUAAUUUUGUACUUGAUUACAUGCAUUUAGUAUGUUUGAGUGUCACACGUAAAUUGCUUUAUUUAUGGUUAAAUGGAGAUAGAGGAUGUCACAUUAUGACAUAGAGAAAAUUUCAAAUGAACUUGAACAUUUAAGAUCUUAUAUACCCAGAGAAUUUGUCCGUAAACCGCGGUCAUUGAAAUAUGUAAAAUUAUGGAAAGCUACUGAACAUCGUCAGCUACUUUUAUAUACUGGUCCAAUAGUUUUGAAAUCUGUUUUAUCAAAAGAUGCUUACAAGCAUUUUCUAAGCUUGCACGUAGCCAUUAGAAUAUUAUGUAACGAAGACACAAAAAAUGCAUAUGCAGAAUAUGCACAAACAUUACUAAAACAUUUUGUUAAGUCUUUUAUAAAAUUAUAUGGAAAACAUCACAUAUUGCAUAAUGUACAUGGAUUGAUUCACCUUGUUGAAGAUGUCAAAAGUUUUGGUAUUUUAGAUAAUUUUAGCGCUUUUAAAUUUGAGAAUUUUAUGCAAAUACUAAAACGAUAUGUAAGAAAAAAUGAUAAGCCCUUACAACAAUUAUUUCGACGAUACCAUGAAGCACAUGUAACAACUGAAAAAAGGUCAAUAAGUAAGAAGCUUUAUCCUAUAAAAGUAACACGUCAUUAUGAUGAUCUAUUAUUACCUUUAACAAGUAAUCCACAAUAUAUAGCAGCUGAGUGCACCUACUUUAAAUUAAAUGCAAAGAAUAUAGCAAAUAAUUGUUGUGGAUUAAAAGAUAAUACUAUAUUAAUAAUGAUUAAUAUAGCACACUCUACUGAAACUGGAGAAUUAAUGAUAUUAGGUUACGAGUUUAAGUGCAAGCAAAAUUUUUAUAAUGUACCAUGUGAAUCAUCUGCUCUUCGUAUAUAUAAGAUAUCUAAAAAAUCCAAUCUAAAAAUGUGGCCUUUAUCUGCUGUAAAUGUAAAAUACGUUAAGUUUCCAUGUGGUAAUGAUGAAUUCAUUGUUGUUCCUCUAUUACAUAGCGAAAUAGUGGAAGGAGCAGAAUUUUGAUUUUUAAAGAUAUAUAUUUGCAGGAUCUUUAUUUUUGUAAAUUAUUUUUGUAAAUAUUUUGUGUAUGUUUCACAUUAUUUUUUAUUAUGUAAUAAAAACCUGUUUAUAUAAUAAUAUAUUCUAAUAUAGUAUGUUUUUUAUUAUUUCAGAUAAAAGAAAGAUAACUAUUUUAUAAUGCCACUAGAAAACAUGGAUCAUCAGAAAAGUUUAUAUUACAUAGUAGAAUUUUCUGACGGUAUGCAACUUAUACCAUCUAAUUGGUUGAAUGUUUUUAAAACUAAGGCAUACUGGCCUAACUUUACAAAUAUAAAAAAAUAUGAUAAAGCUGUACAAUAUAUGGAGCCUGUUGGAAAAAAUUGGACGUUAUGUAACAUAUUAAGAAUAUUAGGUAGUGCUGGUUUUUUUGAGUCG